GGGGAGACUUGAUCUUGAACGAAUAAGCUCGACGUCAAUAACGGAGGUUAUUCCUUUUCGCUUGCAUUGGCAUCCUGGAAAAGUGCAGCUACACCCAGUCUCAAAAUCUUGCGACACACGCCUGGACAGCGCGACAUCUUUCCAGCUCACACGCCAGAGCUGGCCUAAGCCAGGGACGCUGAUAUUGGCGCAUCAUCAAGCUCAGACUCACCGUUGAGAAAGCCCGCCGAGCUCCCUUUCAUAGCUUCGCUUAAGGCUCUCUGGCACCUGCUUGUCAACCGUCAUUUCAAUCUCAGUACCGAAGGCCAACGCAUCCCCAUUGCGCCUGGAAUCCGCAAUUGAUCCCUAUCCUUCAAUACCACCACCAUGAAUGAAGCAGCCUUCGACAUCCAACCCGUGAACCGCUUCGGCGGUUCAAAUACCACUAUCCGACGUCCCAAGGAAAUCGCAUGCUUCUCCUAUGAUCAGCAACGCCGCUUCUCUCUAGGCGAUUCAUCAAUCGCAUAUUACUACCCGCCAAGUCUCCCCGCAGAUCUAAAUAUUGGGUUUGACACGUUUCAGAAACUGAAUGAUGCUGCGGAUGAACAUUUGGACGCGCUACUUGAUACUAUUGUAGCGAUGGAGAAAGAGACGGGGAAGAAAUGUGAGACUGAUAUUGUGACGUGGCGGGGGAUGAUGACCAAGAUUUUGACUGCUCCGUUUGAUAUGAUGAAUGGCUUCGAGAUGAAUGCAACGUGUUACCAGGGCACAAUAUUCAUCGAAGAAAACAACACGUACAAAAACCGCCAAAAAGAACUCCAAAAGAACCAAAGGAUGCCCCCGGGGAUGGCAUCCCAAGAAUUGAUGAUGUACUGGGGCUACAAAUUCGAAGUCCUAUCCGUCCUCCACAAAACAUGGGACGAAUGCACCCGCGCCGAAAUCGAAGGCAGACAAAACGAAGUCGUCAAUAAUAGCGCCCAGUACUGCUCAGUCGUCAAAACAGGAAUGGGAAAUGUGCGCAUGGUACUCGGUGGCGAAGUCGAUGCCGUAUGGGACUGCAAACCAGACCGCAAAGACGACCCCAUCAACUGGGUCGAACUCAAAACCUCCGCCGAAAUCCGCAGCGAUCGCGACAUGAUCAAAUACGAGCGCAAACUACUCAAAUUCUGGGCCCAGUCGUUCUUACUCGGUGUUCCGAAGAUUAUUGUCGGAUUCCGCGAUCAACAGGGUAUCGUGCAUCGUCUGGAAGAACUUGAGACGGCUAGUAUUCCUGGGAAAGUUAAGAAGGUCGGGAGGGGGACUUGGGAUGGGAAUAUUUGUAUUAAUUUUGCGGCGGAGUUUAUGGAGUGGCUGAAACAGGUCAUUCAGGGCGAUGGAGUUUGGAGGAUACGCAAGUUGGAAAAAUCUCAUGUUAUUCAGGUUUAUAAGGUUGAGGAGUCGGGGCAUGGUGAUAUUCUUUCUUCUGCGUUUAAGACGUGGCGAGAGAGUCUUGUUGGGAAUGAUUGUACAAUGGAUGGUGUUUAGUGUAGUGUCUGAUUUUAUAGAUGAG